UGUUUCGGAGGUUUGACCGCUCCGAGCUAAAGAAGGAGGUCCCGCCCCAUCUCCAUGCUCCGCCCCGCCCCGGACAGGAGCCUAUAAGCAGCCCAUCCCGGGCCAGGGGGCGGGCAGAGGUUUUCUAUUGGUCAGAUCUCCGGAAGCGACGGGAUUCGGAACCUCGCGCACGUCCUGUGAUCGGAAGACGGUCGGGUGUAGAGCUCCCAGUGGAGGCCAGGAUGUUCGUCCUGGUGGAGAUGGUGGACACGGUGCGGAUCCCCCCGUGGCAGUUUGACAGGAAUCUCAACGACUCCAUUGCCGAGGAGCUGAACAAGAAAUUGGCUAACAAGGUCCUGUACAGUGUGGGACUCUGCAUCUGCCUGUUCGACAUCACCAGGCUGGAGGACUCCUAUGUGUUCCCAGGGGACGGUGCAUCCCACACCAAAGUCCACUUCCGCUACGUGGUGUUCCACCCGUUCCUGGAUGAGAUUCUGAUCGGGAAGAUCAAGGGCUGCAGCUCGGAAGGGGUGCAUGUCUCCCUAGGGUUCUUUGAUGACAUCCUUAUCCCCCCAGAGUCACUGCAGCAACCUGCCAAGUUCGAUGAGGUGGAGCAGGUGUGGGUGUGGGAGUACGAGACAGAGGAGGGUGCACACGACCUGUACAUGGACACCGGAGAGGAGAUCCGCUUCCGGGUGGUGGAUGAGAGCUUCGUGGACACGUCGCCCACGGGGCCCAGGUCGGCCGAGGCCGCUGCCACCAGUGAGGAGCCACCGAAGAAGGAAGCCCCGUACUCGCUAGUGGGGUCCAUCAUCGAGCCCGGGCUGGGCCUCCUCUCGUGGUGGACCAACAGCUAGCCCAACCUGGGCUCCAGUGACCCUGGCCCAGACUUCGGAAACCAGAAGUGGAGCAGACGCUGGAGCCUGCGCCCCCCUGACCUGGCCUGGGUCGGGGGAGCAGCACUACCAGCCACCCCACCCCCACUGUCUUGCCCUGCAGUGGUGCUGUCCCCAUGGUCUUCAUUUUAGCAGCUCUAGGGAUCGAACCCCCUGGCACUUGCACAUAAUAGGCAUGUGCUCUACCACUGAGCUACAUCCCAGCCCUUGAGUAAAUGCCCAAGAUGGCCUCACCCUGAGAUUCUCCUGCCUCAGCCUCCUGAAUAGCUGGGAUUACAGGCAUGUGCCAGAUAGCAAAGACAUUUAAUAAACAAGCAUCAGCAUGGAAGGGCCACACUCCCUUGUCCCGAUAGCCAGUAUGACCCAAGGUCACUAAAUGAAUUGCCAAGCUGGUCCAUGUCACUUUUGGAGAUGACUGCCAACCCCCGAAGUGUAGACCUGGGGUUUUGAGAUUGAGGCUGCCCUUUGGGUUGGCUGACCUUGCUGCUCCUGGCCCUGAUGCUGCCAGACGCCUAUUGACUGGAACAUAGAGGCACCACCUUCCCACAGCAUUUGGAAGAAGGUCACCCGCAAGUCAGCCAGCCCACUAUGGACCUGGAGGGUGAGGCUGUGGGGUUCGCUGGCUCAGGGUGGAGGGGUGGCAACUGCACCUGUGUGAAGGCCCAGAGAACAGCAGGAACCACACAGCACAUCAGUGCCUGGGGCAGGGGACAGGAGGUGGCAGCCGGCUGUGGAGGCUCCUUCCCCCCCGGGAAGCCACAGGGACAUGGCGUGGGGCUGCUGCCUGUGCAGGUGGAUCAGGACUGGAGGUGACAACAAACAGCACAGACACCAACCAUUCUUAUAGCAUCAGUCAAUGUUAUUUUUUUUCCAAGAAAAGGUUCUAUUAGCUCCUUCAGCUGCCUGUCAGACAACUGGGCAGAAUAAAAACUGUAGAGGGGA